AUGAACAAAAUACACACUGCUAUACUGGCACUGGUUUUGAGUAUAUUUCUGAUUCAAGCAGCUGAUUUCCCUUUCGAAAGCACCGAAGGAAAAUUUAUCAAAUUUUACCCAGUACGGGCUAGUCUAAAAUCAACUGUCGGUCCACCCUCAGUGAGUAUAUCCGGAGAUCACCAAAAAAACGAACCAGGUUCAGAUAUUGAGACUCAGAAGAUUACAGACAGGCAAUUCAUCAGUACUGAUUUACAACCACCACCUCUGACUGGACCACAAUUUUUAGACGACGAUACCAGUAGCUUACAAAAUCAAGGAUUCCCAAAUUCAUUCUCAUUUUCCAGGCCAGAUUUCACGAAACAAGUGCAACAAAACCUCAAUAGUGCUUCCAAUUCUUUGAUACCAUUGAACGAUGCAAUAUAUAGUACCUUACCAGUUUAUCCACCAAUACAACUACCUCCUUCGGAUCAACAAGGGAAUACAGAUGAAUCUCAAAACGCGGACACCAUUGGAUCAUUCUCAGAUUACUCAUUACUUUCACAUACAGGUCAAAAUUCCGACGAUCAUCAAAAAACCAAGAGCAGUUAUGAAACGGACGAGAGCUUGACUAGAUUACACAAGUACUUGAAACAAAUUAACUAUGAUUCACGAAAUGUUAACCCAGAAAUCAGGAAUCCUGAUAAACCUGAUGCAAUUAACGAGUAUUCAAACGAAGGAAAGUCAUUGUACGAGGAAUUGCUAGAAAAAGAUUUCGUAAAGCCUCUACUCAAACUGUACGAGAAGGAAAUACAUUCGGAACCCGAUUAUAUAAUACAAAAUGAUACUCAUCCAAUCAGAAUAUCUAAAGAAGAUUAUGUCGAUAACUUCAGAAUAUUGUCUAAAGAGGAACUGGAUAUGUUAAUGCAUGAGAAUAAAAACUUUCUGUUGAUUAACACUGACAAAGAUGAGUCACAAAUUAUUGAACAGAAAGAUACCGAAUCGAAGACUAAAGAAUCGAAAACAGUUGUACCCAAAAAUGUUGAAGGAAAAAACGAUGAAAUGAAAGACGUUACUAAGAAAAAGGAUGCCCAACAGAGGAAUAAAUUAACGAAAUUGAAGAUGUUGAAAAUUGCUAAUACUAUAUUCAAUGACAAACCAGUGCGAAGAGAUGAUAAUACCCUCGCAGAAAAUAGUGAUGCAGAACAUAUUGGAGAGAUCCUUCCCGUAGAUUUCACACGAAAUACAAAUCAUCAGGAAGCAUUGCUUCAACUAGGGUCAAGAAAACAAAAAUAUUUGCGAUUCGAUAACGUACCUUUCCUCUCAGAACGGUCCGAGAUUGCUAGGUACCCUGUGAUUUUUCCAGGACAAGGAUACCAUCCGGAGUUCCAACCAUCAGCACCAUCCCCUGCCUUACUUGAUCCCACAGAGUAUCAGUAUCAAGCGGAUAAUGUGAACAGAUUGAAAAAUUACGAAGAUGACAUUGCGGGUGAACAGUUAUAUACGCGAUCGCCGAGAUUGAGUGCGUCUUCUGACGUCUUUAGAGCGUCUGGACGAUUCCGGAGUGUAAGAGAACCGUUCUCUGAAGGGUUUCAACCCUAUUUUGACCCUUCUGCGCGAUUUCAAACCACGUGGUCUUCUAGGAGGCCACGAGUUAUAUUUCCUUCCGAUCAAGUGGCCUUUAAGGACCCUGUGCAAAAUCAGGAACAGGAACCAGAAUGGCUUGCAGGAGAUAACGUCUUGCAAGAUUUGCAGGAGCAGGAUGUCCGAGAUAGAGGGUACCAAGAGGUCUGCGCCCCCGGAGCCACAUGCGAAUUCUUCCUGUCCUGUUGGCUGUCCGGAGGGCUGCUCGACCAAUCCUGCGAUGGUCUGCUCAGAGGAUGCUGUUUCAGGGGAAGGGUUGCGAAAGCCGGUCAAAGCGGGUUACAUGCGAUAGGAACGCUCGAAGCACCUUCGGAGACCGGAAAGAGUCAUACCGGACUUUUAGAUUCUGAUCGUAAGUGA